AGAAAGAGUAACUGUACCUCUCUGUCUCCUGCCAGGUCUCAGCCCAGCUUCCAUGGGAGUCGUGCUGCCAGCCCCAGCCCACCCGUGGCCCCGUUGUCCCCUGGGGGAUGCCUACCCACAGCACCAGCCAGGAUGGGGGCUGCAAAUGGGACACAGCCCAUUGCACAGAGCCUGAGGGGAGAUUUCAUAGAGUGGGCAGAUUCAGGAGGUCAUGAGGUACAAAAGGGAAAACAUCGCUGCUCCCUUCAUCUCACGCAUUGCCCCCUGGCAGGGAGCAGUCAGAUCUCAGCCCCCGUGCCCGUGGCUGUCCUGCUCCCUGUGCACUACCCCCCAUCAGCCAGGAGCCCCAGCGACCAGAAGCUGGAGGAGCUGCAGAGAAAGUCAUCCUGGAAGAAGUUAGAGCAGCUCAAGAAGAAAAUCCAGGAGCAGAAGCGAAACCAACAAGCAGCUUCUCAGGAGCAGAAAUGCCUGAUUGCAUCCCAUGCUCGAGAGCUGCUACAGGACAGACGCCUGAAGAGAAAGGUGUGCAGGGUGCCUGCCCCUUCUGCUCCAUGUCCCAGAGACGAAAGAAAGAGUGGCUCAGCACGGGGAACUCAAACACAGAGCCAGAAGCAGCCCUUGUCCUUGCCCAGGUCCUCUUCUCUGGGGAGAACAGCAAUGGGUGAAGGUUCAAAGCUCCCUGGUGCUUCUGCAUGGAGGGAAGGACAGAAGUUAGCCUGGAAGCUGCUUGGUCCACCGCCUGCAUUUCCAAAACUGAGAAGCAGAGCUGAAGAGCAGAGCACUGGAAAUGCCUAUGGUACAGUUGUCCUCUCUGCUACACUGCUUGCUUCUGGCACACAAACAAAAAAUGUGGUUGGCCUUUUGUGGAAUAAAUGGUUUCAAGGUCGUUCUAAGUAAGUGUAAGAGGUUUAAGAGAGAGUUUCAUUGCUCUUGUAUGUUACAUUCUGUACAUACUCCAAGGACUACAAUCUACAUCAUUUGUAUAAUUGGACACUGCCAAAAUUAACAGAUUUGUCUUCUCUCUGCAACACUGAGGAUUUUACAGCAGCCCUCAGCCCCAUGGUAGGAGGUGUGCUGUGAGAUGCACAAAGAUACAGGAGCUGUCUCACCACCAAAGGAAUAACACCACUGCCCUUUCCAAAUCUUCCACAGGGCCCAACACUGCAGUGUCAGCAAUGGAGAACAGCUCCAGAGAAAAUAGAAAAGAACCUGUGGGGAAAAGCCCUGAAUUCCAAAGCAGUGCAGCUCCCCACCACGGCCCUGCUGGAAGGAGCAGCAGUGCACCAACCAAAGGUGCAAAGCAAAUACUCAGGAGCCUCCAUUUACAAAGCCAGUGCCACGAUGUCCACAGGCAGAGCAGGCUCCUGGGAGAUACCAUGGAGGGAAAGGUUCUGCAGCAGCACCACCUGCUUUCACCUGGACCUCAGGACACGGCUCCCUCCGCCUUUAGUGCAGGAAAGAGAAGGGCUGCAUUAAUAACAGCUGGAGCCAAGACCAGCAGCUCUGGAAGCAUCCACAGGGGGAAAAGCACAUCUCCUCAGAAGUGGACCCCUGUGCAGAAAGGGUCUGAGAAAGAAAACCUGAAACAGCCUCCAAAGAGGAGGGUAAAUCUUAGAAAACCUCACCCCUACAGCCGUGAUGUUGUUCAGGAGUUUAUGUGUCGGAAGAAUGAAGAGAGAAAGAAAAAAAACUGGAAGAGAAAAAGUCUAUAAUGCAGGCGGUGGAAAUGAGGAAUAAGAGACUGCAAGAAGUAUACAGGAAACAGAGAGAAGCUCUUGGAAAGAGAAAGUGCUCUGAGCAGACGUGCGAGCUCAUCAGGGGAGCAGCUGCUGCCAAAGGAAGCCCUCAGCACACACUUGAGCAAGAGCAAACCAGUGGUGAAACCCUCAAGCACAGUUUCGUGGCCUGGGUGGAAAAAGCAUCCCAUGCUGCAGUACAUCGAGAUCCCAGGGACAGGAAUCAGCUUCCAGAAACUGUUCAAUCACUUACAAACAGAGAGGCAUUACCUUCUGCAACACUACUGACAUCUGAAUCCUGGCUUCCCAGUCCUCUGGAAUGUCAGGACUUGAGGGACUGCUCCCCCCCAGCUCUGGAUACUCCUCCUCUGAGCUUUUCCCCUCCUCAGAAAGAUACAAAACCACACUACAAGAACUCAAGUUCUGGCCUCUCUCCAUAUAGAAAUAAAUGGGAAAAUAAAUGGGACCGAGUGAAAGCCAUACACAACCUAUCCAAGGAGCUUGCAGAAAAGAUUGAGAUGGCAACUAAGAGGCUGAGUGCAGCAAGCAGUGGUAAAGAUUCUGCUGGUAAAGUAUCAGCAGAGAUAACCUGGGACCUCUUCAAUGAAUCUUCCGUCCCUGAGCCAGAGGCAUCCAAAGAUGAGCAGGAUGGGACAAUGACUGUACAGAUGCUGCUGGGAGCCCCAGGCCUUGAUGAGUUACAUGUGCCAUCAGACAGGGAAUGUCAUGGACCAGGCAGGAUUAGCCUUGUGGAUAGCACUGAGGGAACAGCAGACCUGGACAGAGAGAAGAAAAUAGCUUCUUUGUGUGGUGGGAGUGCUGUGAGCAAAGAGUGGCCAUGGAUCACCCACAGUAUAAGGCAGAGACGUCCCAAUGCUGGGGAGAGCUUGAGCGGCACGUUGGAAGGUUUUCCAGUGAAUAAAGGCUCUGAAGUGGACAUGAGCCUAUUGCAUGAAAAGCCAAUAACCAGCCCAGCCUUUCCAUCUCACGGAUUCCUUGCUAGAAGCCUGCAGACAGACCCUGCAGCUCAGAGGUGUGGGGCCGUUCCAGCAGCGCAGGAUCGAGGGGCAGCUGCCCAAUGCCAUCCCUGCACGGAGAGCCUGAGGACAGCAGGCAGCCACGCACUGCAGCCCUGCGGAGCUCGAGGCAGCACUGAGCAGCACUGCGGUAAGGGGAUGCUUCCAUGGGGUGGGUGUGUGGUUAUUCUGUGCCCCCCCCCAGUCUGCUGCCUGUGCUACUGGGAGAGAAUCAGCAGCUAGUAUUACUCCCCUAAUGUCACGUCCAGUUUCACUGAUACACUCUGCUAGAGAUGCAAUAGGAGUGCUUUGUCUUCAGUGCUUCACUGUCUCGCACAGGUGAAAUCAGCAGAAUGUCACCUCCAUGGUGUGGUGGCAGCCACAGACUGCCCUGAUGGAACAAACCUCCCUCAGAUCUGAGCCAUCUCCAUCCCCUUGCGGCUGCAUCUGAAGGAUGCUUUGCAAUUCAUGCCCCAUAAUUAAUACAUUGGAUAGGCGUGGGGUGUUAUCCGCCUUGUGCAGCACAGAGCACUUGCAGGGGGUGGCAAAGGAUGCAGACUGAAUGAGGAUGCAGACUGAAUGUGUGCUCGAGCGUGCUGCAAGCCAAGGGAAGGCCAAGGGAAGGGUGGGUGCAAAGUGCCACUUCUGCUCACACCAGAUAUUUGCAUAGAAACAAGGGGAAGUUUGUUGCUGAAAGGGUUAAGCAGCAAACAGCAGCACGCAGGCCUGCUCUGGCUGGAGAGAUCCCUGCUUGCUUGCAACAAACAGCAGCAGAUGGUGCAUUGUUUUAAGGGCUUUUCUGAGACAAAAGAACAAGAUCAGAUAACCUUUCCUCAAAGAGGGUACUUACAAAAAGCCUUUGCUCUUAUUAAGGAUUCUUCAUUGUUUUCCCCACAACAUUUUAUAAGUAAUAUUGGAUUUUGAGAUUGGUGGGGAAGCCAGCAUUGUUUGCUGCGCUUCUCUCCGGUCCCCGAGGACCACACGGGUUCCUCACAGGGUUGGACAGAAGUGCAUUGUCCAAAGUGUUUACCAUCAACGAAAGACAUUGUAUUUAUUUACUAUUAAUAUGGAAAGGCCCAGUUCUGGAAGCUAUGGCAGACAGACAGCCCUCUGCCCGCUGCUGCCCCUGCACAAUGGGAGCAGCUGCCUGCUGCCUGCGCCAGGAGACACCUCCACCUUCCCCGGGUGUCCAUAGGAGCUGACAGUGAGCUCAGCCCGAGGUCUGACCGUGAGCCCACAGCCCCACGACGGCCGUGAUGCUGCAGAUGAGGCACAGAACUGUCAUUCUGCAGACAAUGUCCUCCUGAAAUAUGGGUCACCGGUGGAUCUGUUCCCCACUCGUAUCUGGAAAAGGGUAUUCAGACGCAGGGCUGCAUUGUCUGCUGUCAUGCAUCACACAGCAGUUGCUUCUGUUCUCUCUCACAGGACACAGAAGUUGCCGUGCACACGCAGCGUAAUGAUGUGUAAUUACACAACCGAGGCAAAGUAUAAAUAUUUACAUGUAAAAGGCACAGGCAUCACCUAGCUACUAAUUGCUGUGCCAAAGAAAUUACUUCUUCUCUGUUGUAAACACGUUCGGCAAAAGGACAACUAGCAUUUUCAGAUAUAGUAGAAUACAUGAAACUGAUGUUCACGAACUAUUUGUAACUGUUCACUGCUUGAGUGGAGCCAGUGAGCCUGUCCUGAACUCUUGAAUUUUGUUUUUGAGCACAACCAGUAUGAAACCCCAACCUGUAAAUGCCAUCUGCACGUGGACUACGAGUGGGAAAGCCCACUUCAGCAUGCCAGGCCCUCAUUUCUUCCUGUUGUGUAUCCAAGAGACAAGAUGUAAGCUGAGAAUUGCCAUUAAACAAGUCUUCUCUGAGUGCUUCAUCUUCCACAUAGCUACUGAUUGAGAGCUGUUGGCACUGGGAAACCAAUGGAAUGCUGCCCAUCGUUCUUAAAAUGCAUAAUCUUAACCUGGAUCAUAAAAGGUGUUUGUUCAUCUCUACGAUCUUUCCCCUUAGCUGCUGAUCCACGUUCUGUCUCACAUCACUAGAGGGAGCUGCCUUCUUGUUUGUGGGAGAGGGAGGCGUGAUGAAGUUAAUGCCAUCAGCACAGGAGUGUAGCAGCGUGGAUUCAGCCAAUUGUCCUCUGAUUGAUGGCUCAGAGAUAAGAGCUCUUCGUGUUCUGCCACAAAAUGCACCGCUUCUUGUAGUUCCCAAAGCGUGGGUGAGCUCCACCUGUAAAGUCACCUGUAAAACGUUGCCACAAAGCAUGUGGAUAUGUGUAUUUCUUGCUCUGUGGGUCCAGUGUUGCUUUGCCACACAGACUGGGGCUGUGUUACCCAUGCUGGACAUGCAAUAGGCUGAGCGAAUAUAAUAUAACAGAUAAGACUUAGAAGGGACGUUUCACAGAAAGUCAGUGUCUGGUUAGGUCCAGGUUCAGGCCCAUCUCUUGCUAGCCUGUGGCAAGAGCUGCUGACUUGCUCUGUAUGUGAGAUGUCACACACGGAUGGGUCAAUAGCAGGGUGAUGUAUGGCCAUGUGCUGCAACAUCUGGCUGGAAGCUGAACUCUGGCCAACCCCGUGCACCAGAGGAUUUAGAUAUAAGCACGAAACGUGCAGAGGACAGGAGUGGCACUGGCCACAUUAAUCCCUUAGUCCAGCAAGCAGCUCCCCCUCAGUGACAAGUGGCAUGCCAGAUGUAUUUAUAGAAGAGAGGAGAAACUGCAGAUGUGGAAAUACAGAUUCUCCAAGGAACUCAAGGAUGCAGAUGAGGGCAUUGAUUUUCCUGGGUAAAAAAGUGUAGCUCUCAAGAUUAGAGUCUCUUACUUAGGGAUUGCUCUUGGCUCAGGUCUUGCUAAAGGAAGGAUGAACAGCUGUCCUACUUGGUGCUGCACAUCUCAGUUGUGAUCUGGAGUCUGCAGACCUUUGUAUCUCUGCUCACCUGUCAUCACUACAACUCAGUUCCUGCACACCAACAAAGUAUUGAAACGCCUGGCUGGCAUUUCACCCACCCCAUGCCUGAAGAGUUCAUCAAAUAAUAGGUCAGUGCAGUGAUGAUUGAGAGAGAAAGACUGCCUUGCCUUGGGUAGCAAGUGGUCUCUUAGUGCUGGGUCUGUGUCUCCAUUACAGGAGACCUUUGUGGACCACUGUCACCCCACCUCCAUAGACAUCCAGGGAACGAUGCAGUAAAAGUUGUGCUUCCAUCUGAAGUAGCAUGGAAGUAGUUUGGUAAUAACUGUUUUGGACUGAUUGCUGACACGGGCAGAAAGAGGAAAAGCUGUCCUUGAGUAGCGCAGCAGUAAGUGCUUCUGCCUAGCUUCAAGUGAUUAGAAAAAUGAGACUUUUAGCCCAGCUUUUUUAAUUACAUGUCACAGAGAUUCUACAGGGCUUUGCUGAGAUUCUGCAGGUGCAGCGGAAAUUGAUUUAAUAAAUAGCUUUUUUUUUUUUUUUAAAGACAGAGUGUGCGUACAUCGAAGCUAUCUGGAUAUGCAGUAAAAUGCCAUUCAUCAUAAUGGAAGAGGACGUGAAUUCUAGCCAGAUGGUAUUUUCUUUAACACAGGAUGUUGUAACACAAUGAAUGCAUCUGGCAACAGCCUCUGUUAGGAAAAUGAUGUCCAAGAGGAGUGAAAACAUCUCAGAAAAAACUUUGUGUUCACUUUGAGAUCAAUUCUGGUGGUCAAUCUCUGAAUGGAACACCAGUAACAUCAUUCAGUCUGAGGCACAAAUGGAGAAUACUUCCCAGCUGUAAACAAUGCCCUGAUAGAUUCCCAUCGUUCACAUGUUGGUAUUGAAAGCUACUCAGACGAGUUAGCACCGAUAGAUCUGCUCCGUACCUUCCCUUUAUUUAUUUGGUUUGGUACGACAUCACCUUAUUUCUCUGCAUUGAAGGGGCCACCCUCGUGUUGAGCUUUGUCUUUGGUAGCUGUGAGCAUUGGAUAGUCUGUGUCAGACCCCCAGAGUGGGAAGCGUGAGGUGAAACCGAUAGUUGUUGAAGAACAAACCUUCUGCUAGCCGUGUGAUUGCUGAACCAUUCUGUAUGAUUUUGCCUUUUCAAACGACCACUCAGAACUGGGAGAUGCACAUAAGCAAAACUGAACCCUGCGUGUUGUGGGUUUAUCCUGGGAUGUGGGGCCAUUUGGAUUCAGGCAAUCUGAACAUGGAUACAGAUUAUAUCUGAUGUUACCGAGUCAAACCUAUUUCUAUUUAUGACCCACACUUCAAUUCAUUUAUGACUCUGGUUGCUGUGACAGUGGCACAGCUCAGAGUAAACACUCAACCUGUUUGCAUAAGCUUAGCAAUUCAUCUGAGAAGCCUAAGGCAGCCAAGAACAUAUCACUGGUAAACAUUACAUCACCUAUACUGUAAAAGACAGACAAGAGAGUCACAAUAAGGAAGUAGCAGGGAAACAGGCGCACCUGGAACAGAGUUGUUUUCCCCACAUAGAAGCAAAGGCUUUUCUCCCCCGUGACAAAACAGAGACAUCAAGGCUGCAGCCCUGCACAGGGAGAGGCUGCAGGAUGGAAGGCACACGUGAUGCUGUUAGGGCUCCCCCAGAGAUCACCAGGUUGGGAAGCUUUUCUUCUUUUGUAACCAGUGGAUCUGAUUCCGUUCAUGCAGUGAAGGAGCAGAGUGACAAAAACACACCUUCUGGACUUCAGACCAGAGAAUAGUUAGGAACUCCUCAGUCCUGCUUCCUGGCACAACCCCCCCGAAUCCAACCCCCUGCCCUCUCCCUACUGCUUGCAGGACUGUCUGCUAACAGAUUUCUUGACAGGAUGGAGGUAGAAACGAUUUCCUUCUUAAAUAUAUGCAGAGAAGCUGGUCUGGGAAUAAAGGCAAAUGUGAGAUUUGGGAGUCUUCCAGUUAUAGGUCCAGGAAGGAUUCAAAAGGAAAACACAGGUACAAAAAUGUACAUAUCACCCUCCCCCUUUCAGUAGUCCUGUUUAUGUCCAUGUGUUACAACUCAGGAAUGUUUUGAGAAGCACAGCCAUGCCUGAAAUGCAGCAGAGCUGGGAGCCUUGGCACCCUGCUGAAAAUAUCCUGACUGCUCACAAGAUGUUCUGUGCCCAGCUGUGACCCAGCAAGCCACCCCUCCUGGCAGAGCACCUGGCAAAUCCCUGAAUCUCCAUAGACUUUGACAGCAUAGGAAUGCAUUUUCAGGACAGCAUCCCACUGGAAUCCAAAGCAAUCUCCUUCUGCUGCCUCCCUCUCCUAAAUUCUGAUACUUUCUUCUGCUGGCACCUAUUAAAUAGAGUAUGGAUUCUUUUUAUUUUUGUCAAUUAAAUGUGGUGACUGUUAAC